CUUCAUAAACGGCAUCCUCAUAUUCAAAAACUCGCUUUUUAAUAUUGUUUCGCCACCUUUUUUGACCCGUAGGAUUACAAUACAAGUGGAGAAUAUUGCCGUCAGUGUUAAUUCACCCUUUAAACCUAAGUAAGAUGGGAUAUUAAGCGGCAGGCGAGGUUAGUUUGGGAUAAGGUAUCUUCUUUUCCAAACGAGGGCAGUCUCCCUCCAUCCCUCUUCAGCAUCCUUUUUUGCUGCAGUCACUAAGCUGGGAGUCCAUAACCGCCUGCCUGUCGUCUCUGUGGGGCCUAUACAAAAUGCCCAGCGUCACGGUGAAAGAUGUCAACCAGCAAGAGUUUGUCAAAGCACUGUCAGCUUUCCUCAAAAAGUCUGGCAAACUGAAGGUCCCAGAGUGGGUUGAUACCGUGAAGCUUGCCAGGCACAAGGAGCUUGCCCCCUGUGACGACAACUGGUUUUACACCAGAGCAGCAUCCACGGCCCGCCACCUGUACCUGCGAGGAGGGGCCGGCGUGGGCUCCAUGAUCAAAAUCUACGGUGGCCGCCAGAGGAACGGCGUAUGCCCCGCCCACUUCAGCGUAGGAUCCAGGAACGUGGCGAGGAAGGUCCUGCAAGCUCUGGAGGGCCUCAAGAUGGUGGAGAAGGAUCCCAAUGGCGGUCGUAGACUGACCUCUCAGGGUCAGAGAGACCUGGAUAGGAUCGCUGGGCAGGUUGCCUCAGCAAACAAGAAACAGCGGAGUUUACAGAGCGCCAUCUGAGGACGUUAUAUAAGAAUCCUGAGAAAAGGAAUGCAGUUAUGCCUUACCGCCUAUUUACUCAAGUUCACCCUCCUCCCAUAUCAACCCAGUGCCGACAGUAACCGAGCACAAAGAGGCACUUCAUAGCGAUGCAUGUGUCUAAAAUACAGCGAGUGCAAAUAUCAUACAUGAAUGUUUUGCAGCAGUCAGAGGUUGGCGGUGGCCUUGUAACAUUAAGGCGCAGAGUGGAAACAAAAGCACUCCGAAUGCAGUGUUACAAAGCAAAAGCAUGUUCGUAUUUUUGCUUACAAAUGUGAAGCAAUGGAGAGAAAAAGAAAUGUGAGAGCAGAUGUAGAAAGGAAAGAAAUGCAAAGAAUUCUCAUGCACAUUUUUAUUCAUUUUCUAACUUUGUGUUUGCAGAAUGGUAUUACUGAGCACAUAUACGUUAUACAGGAUGCUCUGAAUAAAAUGAGUAUGAGCACUGAC